GACGCCGACGCGAUGAAUAUUCGCACUCACUCCAGCUCAGACUCAGACAGUCAGCUGCAAAGCGUUCAAUUGAGCAGCCGGUAGUUCUUUCCUGUAGCAGAGCACUGUAAAGCACAGCAUAGCAUAUUUUGAAAAUGGUUUUUCGUGUGAAAUCGAUAAAAACUGCCCUGUUAGUGCUCUGCAUUGUGAUAAUCGCACUACACAACGUCGAUGGGAUAACUUACGAGUGCGAAACCGUUGAAAAAUAUGAUGCCCAGGGACGAAGAUUCUGCGUGUUUCGUGACGUUCAAUAUUUAUCGAAUACUACCGACAUAGAUUUCAAAACCUCGGAGGAGAAACAACAUGUGGUAUUCGAAAGCUCUCAAAUGGAACAUCUACCAAAGACUUUUUUGGACAAAUUUCCGGAUCUCAUAGCGCUGAAUGUCACAGGUUGCAACUUGACAUCUGUCGUUAUUACCAAAUCGAUGCAGGAUUUGAUCGCUACGGAUAAUUACAUAAAUAAGAUAAUCGUAGAACAAAAUCCUCAGCAGUGUCCACUAAACGAGUUGCAUUUGCAGUCCAACCGAAUAUCAGACAUCUCGAACAUCACACGCAAUUGUAAAAACCUCAGAAUUUUGGAUUUAAGUAGAAAUCAGAUGCUAGCCGAGAAGAGUGAAUUGGACUUUUCGAAGUUCAACGGAUUGAAUGGACUGGAGUAUCUUUCAUUGGCUGAUGUCGGCGCGCUGUAUAUUCUUGAAGAUAAGCAAGUCUUUCUGCCAAAUUUAACCCUGCUGGAUCUAUCGUUGAACAGCUUGCUGCCGGUAGAACUUCAUGUGGAUUACUUUCAGUCGUUCAAACGUCUGGAAGUACUGCGAUUGAAUAAUAACGGUUUUGGCCAGCUGGACUACAAUUAUUUCACGGAGAUGGAUUCACUUAAGGAGAUCUACCUGGAAGGUAACGAAUUUUCUUGCAGCUAUUUGAAAACGAUGCUUGAACAUCUCAAUAGCAAGGGAAAGAAAACGCCAGUGGCACGACCAGCCACACACUGUCCCGCAGGAUACAAUAUCGAACAGAAAAUGUGUUGCAUAUCGGAAACUUUGAUGAACACUCCAAACAAAACAAAACCCCAAACGACCACUACUUCAUAUGUGACUGAAACACAGUCGUCUGUUACGACCAGCACUACCAGAAAACCUGCUGAACAAACUGGAAAGAACGCUGCUGGACUUUUUGUGCUGAACUCAGUGAUUGCGAUGUGCGGAAUGGUGGUCAGCUUUUCCCGAUGGAUGUAGGUUUUUGCGGUGGGAAGAGACAGAACAUAAAUCGUAACAGUGUAGAACCAUGAGCUUAAACAUUUUUCGCAACGCUUCCUAGCCACUUAGCUUUGCCCUUAGCAUUUCCAAUCUAAAAGCUGAUAGGCACUCAUAAUUACAUUCUGCAACAGUACCGAACAGAAGUAUGUCAGCUGAUAAUAAUCACUGGAGUGUUAAACAACAUAAGUGACUUUUUCAAAUGGUAUGCUUCUUGACAUUGGAUACAAAAGAUCUCAUGGAACUAUUCUUGAAUUGUAAAACUUCUUCUAUGUUUGUGUUUUGAUUUUGAAAGGUGAGAAAAUUGCAAACGACGUCAUAUUGAAAAUGAUUGCAGCAGUAUUGAAGCAAUGCAUUCAAAAGUCAAAUGGAGUGAAAUUGAAUCAAUUUAAACUUCAUCUAAAAUAACUUUCUUUAGAAAGAUGUCUUGGAUUUCUUUUGAAAUUUGUUAAGUUGUAGUACAGCAUUUUUUUCCCCAACCUAAGGUUUGUGUACCACUAGGAGCAGUGACGACUUCAGAGUGCCGUUGAAUCUGUGAGUGCACUUCAGUAGCCAAGUAAGCGGAGUGAAUAUUCAUUUUUCGGUUUCCACAUUUAACUGGGUAAUCCGGAGUGCUUUCUGGAAGCCCAAAGCAAUCGUGUUUUCGUUUUGUGUCAUCAGAACGAUUUUUUGCAUGAAUAGCAAAAGUGUUAUUUUUCUCGAGUCUCCAGAGUGAUUUAUUUCUCAGUUAGUAUGCGUAGAGUGAAGCUGAAAGUGGUUUGUGGCUGCUCAGUCAUGGAUAAAGAAUCAGUUUGUGAGCUCGUUUCAUGAUUUUAUUUCAAAUCUGUCAACUAUGUAUGACUUCACAUUUAAUCUUUACAACAGCGGGACGUAAAUAUGACUUGUCGACAAACUAUGAAUGGUUCGUCACUGUGAGUGUCGGCAUAAAUCCUUACUUAUGAAUAGGGUAACGACUGUUUACUUUGUUCUUCAACGCUAACAGUUGGCUCCAGAGGCAAAAAGUACAGAUAACAACCUCAGUUUCUCUCUCUGGCCGUCGAGCGGCGAUACUGUUGUUUGAAUUCCAUUCGUUGAUCGCGCUGCGCUGAAUUCUCAAAUUUCUCAAACUUUCAACACAAGUGCAUGGAAGAAUGGUAGUCGAGAACUGUCAAAACUUUUGGAAAAUAAUGAAAAACGUAAAUUACUUGCAAUUAGGAAACUGGAUCAAAGUAGUAGUGAUUAGAAAUCAAGCGUAAUGUGAAUACAUAACUUUUAGUGUUUGGUUGAUCUUCCGCGAUGCUUUCUUUGCUUCAGGAUUUCGUUUUCAAUACCACUGAAAAAGAGCCAUCUAUUGCCUUUUCAGUUUUGAAUAUCGCCCUAUUAUUAAUGUUUUACACUUUUACACUAUACACUGUUUAGACUUGCAGAAGGUUCACUUUAUACAACAAAUUUUGGAUGAUUCUGUAAGUGUCGGCAUAAGAGUGUUCUGUGAUGGUCCAGUCGAAACGGCUCAUUUUAGUGAACGGAUCCGAACCGAAUCACUCAUAUUAGUGAACCGGAUCUUUUGAACGGCUCAGUGGUCCAUCAGCUCAGCGGCUCGCAACGGAAGAAAGAAUUGAACCGAAUGAACGUAAAAAGAGCGGUUCACUCUCUGUUGCGAGGCAUGCGUCGUAUCUUUUGUAUGUUUCGCUCUCUCAUUCUUCGUAAAUUCCUCCCCAGAAACACACGAUAAUCUCCCUUACCCGAACCAAAAGAAAAUAUCUAAAUGUGGACGGGGAAAAUUUGUCUGGCUAUGCUGAAAGCACUGAGAGCACGGACCUGUAGCAAACUGUGUUUUCAUGUGUGCCGUGGCGCGCAAAGCAAGGAAUAGAGGAAUAGAAUAGAGCAAUAGAGGAAACGACGGAAAAUAGGGGAAAAUAAUCGAUUCGUUCUUUUUCCCGGUCACAUUUUGUCUGAUCCCUACUGAUCAAAUGAACCGACCCUCUCCAAAAAAGAGCCACGAAUCACUCGUUCUUUUAAGUGAACCGGAUCUUUCGAUCGGCUCCAAUUCUUUUUGCCCAUCUCUAGUAAUGACUGCCUCAAACAUGCUCACUUGGUGGUUUGCUUAAUCUUUGGGAAACCCUUUGAGGGUACCUGGAAAUUUCUAUCAAAUUUUAAGAUAAGUAUCAGGAAAAGUCCUCGACGAAAGCUGACCUGCACGGUUUUGGUGAGUUUUCGGAAAGAUCCUUUUGGAAGUUAAGCGAACACUAUAUGAACUAAUAAUCGACAGACUAUUGAUUGAAAUUUUAGUUUUGAAAAGAAUAUUUAUUAAUUCAUCCUUAGACCUAUGGCAUGUUUGUCCUAAACUUUCUUAAACAGGUUCCUUGCUAGAAGCGUUGUCAACCUUCCAGAUUUAUUCAAAAUAUUACAGAUUUUAGAGGCUUCAUUUUACAAAAAAAAAAUGGAAGAUCUAGAUGAAAAUGUGUAAUGAAUUUGUAAAGUUCUCCAAAUACGACACACAAGAACCAGACUUUUCUAGACAUAAUUUGCAAAACCAUCCUGGUCUUUGAAAAGAAAAACAAAUUAGCAUCUCUGCUAGAACUGUGAAAAUAUCUGGCCGAUUCCUUUCAAGAUCUUUGGUGAAUUCCAUAAGAUAACAUCGACAAAUGUCUGGAGAAGUACUAUAGUUAUUUCAGGUAAAUUUGAUUUUAACUUUGAACUCCGUUUAGAAAAAAAGAGUAGUACACAAAUUUUCAAGGAAAAACAUGGACAUGGACUUGACUUGUGGAAAAGAUUUGUGUCUGGUAACCCUAGUUGUAACAACUUGUAACCAACAGUGAACGAGAGCCUCAAAGAGAGAGCGAUGAUAAAUCUCGUUUCUCUCGCAUAUUUACCAUUAGGGGGCAGGUGUUUUAUUUUAUAGGCGUAAUGAACAAUCCCAAAGCAUCCGAUAAUAAUACUGUCCCCCAGAUUUGGAGCUUAUGAAAAUGGGUUUUAUCAUGCAAUCCUUCCGAUCUUAACGGAACUGUAGCAGAAGAUGUUAAACAGACUUUCAUGAUGUGCUACGGAAUUAUUACAGAGAGCGAUAAGUGAGAAAUUCUCUCAAUUUUCUCAAAAUAUAAUCCCUGCUCGUAAGAUAUGCGACAGCUAGCAUUAUUAUUAGGACACUUUUGUUCUUAUUAGCAUACGUUGCCAUCCUGACGGAUUGGUUUGGUUUGGUCACUCCCAGGAUCUUGGAUGGCAGUACUACUGGCCUGAAUUUUCGAGUUAUUCCUUCAUAGACUCCUGAGAGCAGGUCUGUUUUUAUUUUUAUUUUAAGUUUACUCAGGCGGUUUGCAAUUCUGAAAACUUUGGACACCAAUGGAUUUUAAAGAAUACUUUUCAAGAUAACAUACCUCUAAUUUCAAAAAGAUGAGAAAAAACGAGAUAUUUGAUUCGUGUCCAUUGAAAAACAAUCGCUGAUUCAGGUACCAUUUGAAGAAGUAAAUGUUGUUUAUAUUGUUCGAUGAGACAUUCCCCCCUCAGCGCUGAAAUACUAACGUCCGGUACUGCGAGUAUCUUCCGAAUCAGAAAAACGCAAAUCUAUUCUUACAUGAACACGUACACACGUCAUCGUUGCUUCGCCCAGCUGAUUCAAUUAUCAUACAAAAAAAACAGCAAAACACACUAGGAUAGAUGGAAGUGCUCUUACGUAUGGCCAAAGCGCGACCCACGGUUUGGAUUUUUCGCGUAUGAUGUUUGCGUGUAUUUUUUCGACAAAGCCAAUUGUGUGUGAUAGCUACAUUCUACUCGACGUAACGCGCCACCGUAGAGUUGCAUUAGCUUGAUUAGGUGACAUCGCAUAGCGAAAAUGACCAAAGUCAAAGUGAUAAGAGACUAAGACGGUGCUUUGGAUAGUGGUAUGGACGAACGAAUCGACCGUGAGAAGGAUGGUAUAAUCCGAAAAAGGUGCCACCAUUAUUGAUACGAAGAAGGUCAUACAGAUUUGGAAAUGAUAGAAGAACAUAUGUCAACGAAUAUAAUGAAACGAUAACUGUAAGAAAGAAGUGCUAAGUAUGAAAGUAACAUAGAAGCUGUAUGAUAACUAUUCAUAAAUGAGGAAUAACAUAACAAAAGAUAAAUAACAUACAAUUCGCUGGUAAUCCGUGUUUUUCAUUGUAUUGAGUUCAACUAUUAAUUUAUUACCAUAUAUUUCUGGUAGACAACUUCAUCUAAAAUUGAGACUGAGAGAGCAUUUCUGAAAAGUAUUCAAUUGUAGCGAUACUUGGACAAGGACAUCGAAGAUUUAGAUCUAUGUUGGUUCGAAAUUCUGAACACCUUCAACAAGUGGUAUAAGAACUUAACUCGAAGAGAUGAAGCUCACUGAUGUUAUUAUCUGAAACAUAUUUGAAAUGUUUAGGGUAUUCAAUAGAAAAAUUGUCAUUACUUGAUUAUUAUACAAAUACAAUCCAUCGAAUCUAGUCUCAUAAACAAAAGGAAAUAUAGCAGCUUAUUUUUUAAGUUAUGUAUCAUUCCUACUGCCAUUGAAACAUACAAUAUACAAUGGUUUUUAUCGGAAUUUCAGAACAAAUCAUGUUUUCACCACAAUCGAGAAUUUUGUAAAUGAAAAACAAAAUAAAAAAGCUGAAAUUGUUUUUAAACCAAUAAUUUAAAUAAACUAACACAAGAAAAUUCCACAAAAUAACAUCAAUAACAUGCAAAAGAUAAAAGGCUCGGCAUUGUAGUGGGUAAAAAACUAAAAUAAUUAAACAUGAAGCCGUCGAUAUUUGUGAAGACUUUUAGCAUAGGUAGAUACCCAAAAGAGUUCAGCAAAUCCAUGCAUUGAAAAAGUAAUUAGUAAUAGUUCGUCCAUCUAGUGGCAGUCCAACUGUAGUGGCUUUAGACAUACAUCAUACAACUCAAUUCGUGCAUAUAUGCGCAACAACCAUCAAUUUGAUAACGCUUUUCGUCAGCAAGUUUUUUCGCUAAUAAUCUACUCGUUUUGUAGCAUGUGAUACACAAUAAAGUCAACAGUUUUGCUAACAUA